CCGUUUGCACCGCCCACUCGCUGAUGGAGCAUCCGCCGAUGAGAGCUGAUAUGCGGCCUGUUGUGUUUUGAUUGUUGGCUCGGGUAUAGCAGGUACCACAGACAUGGCGGCGGGAGACUCGGAGUUUAGCUGACUCCCUCCAGCAACCUUUGCAGUAGCGUUAACACUUUUUUGAGCGUAAUAUCACUGGUGUGAGCGGGAAGCUGGCAGCUUUGGUGGGCAGCCGGCUCCGCCUGGAGGACAUGAUGGAGGUUACGGCGGAGGGAGAGGCGGAGGAGCGCAGGAGGGAGCAAUGGAAGCUGCUGUCCAGCCUGAAGACCACGGUGGAGGGCCUCGUGUCAACCAACAACCCCAACGUCUGGUCGCGGUACGGCGGCCUGCAGAGGCUGCACAAGGACAUGAACAACAUCCUCGGUCACAGACUGAAGAACGAGCAGAUGUACUACAAGCAGCGAGACUACUGGCCCUUUGUUUGGUGUGUUCGCUACAUCAGCCCCAACCUUGCCAUGCACGUUGAACAGUUCAGUCACCUGGAGCCGGUUCUGAGCAGCGGGGUGCACAGAGCCGGUGAGAGCCACAAGGCCGAGCGCUGGUUGCUGCACAGCUUGCAGGUUCAUAAGCUGUCAGCUCAGCUCAAACCUCUGCUCAGGCAUUUGGGAAACACACGGAAAUAUUACAACGACGACGCCUUCCUGCUGAGUGAGCCUCAUGUGACGGCCAUGUUUCAGUGUCUGGAGGCUGUGGAGCAGAAUAAUCCCAAACUGCUGGCCCAAGUAGACACUGUUGGGCUUUCCCCGCUGAAAGGCUCUUCGUGCCUGAGUCUGCUGAAGAGCCAGAGCCUGUGUGUGCUGCCAGGGGCCGGGGGGACCUGGAGGAAUGCCGACACGGCCCCUGGAGGAGACUCUCUGAACCGCAGACUAACCACCUCAAACUGCUCCCUGCGAGAAGCGGUCGCAGCCAACCACAGGCCAGCAAACACUACAGCAGCUAGAUCCGUUAAAGGCAACAACAUGAGUGAGGAAAGCAUCAAUACCAAGUACACUACCUCUUCAGCCAGCAGCGUGGAAACUCCGUGGGUGAUCGUAUCCAGACCGGGGGACGGUGAGCGCGGUGGGACGCCGUCUCCUGGAUCAAUUUCCGUCCCUCACAUCUCCCUGUCAGAGUCCCCAUCCUCCUCCGUUCAGCCCGAGGCCGGGGACUCCUGCGACGGUGACUCCGACGAUGGACCGGAGUAUCUGGCUAUCGGUAACCUGGGGCAACGCAGUCGUUGUGAUUCUCGAAGCUCCAUCCACAGCAGUGAGCAGGACCAGACAAAGGAACCUGGCACACAGCAGAGUUCCCAGACCUCGACCCCGCCGAGGUGCUCGUCUUUCUCAGAGGGCCAGAGGGGUCCUGGCAGGGGGGCCAAAGGACACACCCGCUCGUUUUCAGACACGGGGAUCAGUCAAAAACUCAGGAAUGGAGGGGGCCACAGAAAAAUCACCAUAAUAAUAGAGGAUCCAGUAGCAGAAUCAGCAAGCGAAGACUCCAGCAUGAAGGACUACAGUCCCUUCUCUCCUCAGCGCAGCAAUACCAGCACACCCAGUUCCCUUUACAUGGAGUCCUAUGGGCCCCAGUACAGCAGUGUGCCGGAUGGGAUGUUCAGGAAGCCGUCGAAGGGGCAGAGCCUCAUCAGCUAUCUGUCAGAGCAGGACUUUGGCAGCUGUGCUGACCUAGAAAAGGAAAAUGCUCAUUUCAGCAUCUCAGAGUCCCUCAUCGCCGCCAUUGAGCUGAUGAAAUACAACAUGCUGCGCCAGGAGGAAGAGGGUGAGGAGGAGGGAGACAGCGACUCCGAGAUUCAGCAGCUCAAACAAAAGAUCCGUCUGAGGAGGCAGCAGAUCCGCCGCAGCCGUCUGCCACCCUACACAACCUCCCAGCACCAUUUCCACUCCACUGACAGCGGAGGCUCCAGGAGGAGCUCUCAGGACUCCUACCAGGGCCUGUCUGACUCCGGCUCGGCCGAGGAGGUGGAGGAAUGUGAACUGCAAGAUGGCUGUGAGGGUCAGUCCCUGCUGGCGGUGUCUCAGAGCGGCCUCUCCUUGUCACUCGCCUCCCUCUUCUCAGAUGCAGAUAUAAAGCGCAGUGUAAGCUCCAGUGGCAGGUCCUUCCUGAGCUCAGAGUCCAUCUCUCCCUCCUUCCUCCAGUCUAACUCAGCUGAGUCGGUGGCGAUGGGUUUGCUCAGGCAGUUCGAGGGCCUGCAGCUUCCUGCAGCUUCAGAGCUCGACUGGCUGGUUCCAGAGCACGAUGCUCCACAGAAGCUGCUGCCUAUUCCCGACUCUCUGCCCAUCUCUCCUGAUGAUGGAGAGCACGCAGAUAUCUACAAGUUGAGGAUUCGAGUUCGAGGCAACCUUGAGUGGGCGCCGCCGAGACCACAAAUCAUCUUCAACAUUCAUCCUGCACCAAAGAGGAAGAUCAUUGUUGCCAAGCAGAACUACCGCUGUGCUGGAUGUGGCACCAGAAUUGACCCAGACUACAUCAAGCGACUGCGAUACUGCGAGUACCUCGGCCGCUACUUCUGCCAGUGCUGCCACGAGAACGCCCAGGCGAUCGUUCCCGGCCGAGUUCUCAGAAAGUGGGACUUCAGCAAGUACUACGUCAGCAACUUUGCCCGAGACCUGUUGAGCAAGAUUUCAGGAGACCCUCUGUUCAACCCGAGUGACAUCAACAACGGCUUGUACAAGAAGAUCAAGUCUCUGGAGUCUGUCAGGGUUUUAAGAGUGCAACUUUUUCACAUGAAAAAUCUCUUCAAGACUUGUCGCUUUGCCAGAGGGGUUCUUGACCAGUUGGACAGCGUGCCAGGUCACCUGACCGAGGACCUUCACCUUUUCUCGCUCAACGAUCUCACUGCUGUUCGCAACGGAGAACUGGCUCCUCGGUUGAAAGAGCUGCUUAAGCUUGGUACCAUGCAUGUAGCUGGUUGCGUGUUGUGUCAGGCGAAGGGCUUUGUUUGCGAGUUCUGCAACAACGACAAAGACAUCAUCUUCCCCUUCCAGCUCAGCAAGUGCCAGCGCUGCGAAGAGUGCCACGCCUGUUACCAUCAGAGCUGCUUCAGGACAGGUAAAGACUGCCCCCGGUGUAGGCGGCUGGCGGAGCGUCGGGAGAGGAUGGCGCGCAGAAACAUGGAGGAGCAAGAGGACGAAGGAGGAGGGACUUAGUGCCGGCAAUACGGUGACCUCAGGAAAGAAGAAGAAGAAGUGGAGGACAUAUCGACGAUGAUUGUAGUCUCUGACCUUCUUCCCGUCUUCAGCUCAUUCCUCUCAGAUCACCAGAGAAAACUGUUUUCGACCAGAUUGCCACGUAUGGAAGUGGAGUUUUGAGAUGAAUGUUUUCUACAAGCCCCUUCAAGAGAUGCACUUUAUUUUUAUUAAUGCUUGAAAAGUAUAUAGAUUAUGCAAAUUUUAUUUAAUUUUCUCCACAAUGUGGAAAAAAAAACCUAAUAAGGCAUUCUUUAAAAUUGACACAUUGCAGAUUUAAUUUCUCAAACAUAACAAGCUAACAAUUCAGCCUUUACUUCUCAAAAAUCUGUUGAGUUUAAUUGUUUUGAUAAAAAAAAAUAUUUAGUUUAUUAUAUUUGUGUAACUCUUCUCCUCCUUACCAGCUUCCCUCAACAGUGCUGAAUCAUUCCUGUACAAAUAGACCAGCUCUGCAUGAGAGAUCAAACCUGCGGCCUUGCACAGUUACUUGACGUUAAUAAUUUUGCAGUUUUAUGUGCAACACGAGCCAAAGACCAUCUUUAACUUUCAGCACUGUUGUGACAUUUGUUGUGAAAUGCAACCAAUCUGUCAACAUAAUAAGAGUAUUUCAUUUAGCCGUGAGGCAUCUCCCUCUUUACACAUACUGGUAAGAUGCUUAUUUUAUUAGUUUGACAUUUUGUUGACACCUAGCAUGGUAGGAUAAAUUUAUUUGUGAGAAGAACACUGGAAGUUUAAAAAUGCAUAACUUUUAAGAUUUGACGAAUAAUAAUAGUAUAAAUGGUCCUUUCAGGUUCAGUUUUGUUUUAUUUUGAAUAUUAAGAAAAUAUUUACCAUGUAUUUUUCUAUUUUUUGAGCCUUAUGUUUUGUGUUUUAUGCUGUUUUAGACAUUUCUUUUGUGACCAAUGAGCAUGUAAUGGAAACGAUGGUGGAGUCUCUCAGCAAAGCUGAAUUUGCAGGAAUGGGAACAGGAGUCAUUGUUGCAAACGUUAUCGGUAAAACUAGAAAUGAUCAGUUGUCCUGCUGCUCGGGGUGUGGGUGUGUGUGUGCGUGUGUGGAUGGUGGACUUUGAAUGAGUGCUGGUGUGCAUAUCUACCUGCUGCCCUUGCUGAUUUCUAUUGUUGCUGCUUUUGAGAUAGCCGCGUGUUUGGUUCUUUGCCCUGAUCCGGUGUGUUUGGAUGUAAUUCUGCUAAUGUUCGUUUUAAGAACAUGAACUUUGAGCUUGAAAUGUUACUGACUAAUGAUGCAUGAAGCGGUUUUGAUCUAAUGUUCUAAUAACAUAAUUCAUCACUUUCUUAAGUUAAACAGUUUUUACUCACGUUUUAGCAAAUUGGCUUACUGCAUUAGAGGUGAGGUUUAAAAUUAUCGCCACGUUCAUGUUUGGGGGUUGUGUGACUUUUUUUUUUUUUUCCAGGUAACUCCAUGUGUUGUCUAAAGAAAUGAGAUUAGGUGAAAAAUUGCAUUUUAGACUUUUUAGAAAUGUUUUUUGCACUUAUGUUAACGAUUAGAUUUUCAUAUUUUUCAUUUGUGGACCAGUGUAAAUUAGCAGAAAUUUAUGUUAUAUUUAUUCUUGAGGCUUCAAAUAGCUAACAAAUGUUUCUUUUUGUUAUAAACUAGAUCAGCAAAAUUAGUCUUAACUGGAUAAAUAGUACAUCUAAUUAGUCUCAUUACUAACAGCUAAUCUCUUCAAAAUGGAUCCAUCCAUUAUUUAUGCACUUGAUUUUUCUUCUUUUUACUAAAGAAACUUUUCAGUUUAAAGCUUUUGAACAAAGUAUCCGCCCAGCUCCUCUGAUCAGCUUUGUUUUGGACCUGCCUUUGUUAUGGAGGAGUGAAGAGGUUUAAAGUGCACUACAGAGUUAAGAACUUUUUAUUAAAAAUGUUAAUUGUUGUUCUUGAUUUGCUUUGAGUAUGUAAUGAUGUUCACAAUAAAUGACUGGCAAGACUGUUAAA